UUGAAUACCAAGGAUAGACCAUCCAUAUCAACAGCUGGUCAACGAGUUGGUUUUAAGCUGAUUUGGACAGCUGUAGAAGGAUUAUUCGAUGAAAAUCCUCCCGCCUCUUCUGCUUUGUCAUCAUCAUCCAAACGCAAAGAUGAUGCCGUUCAUUUCAGUACUUGCACUGAAUUCACAUGCCAAGGUGGUCAAAUAUGCGUAGAACAGGAUCAAGGUGUUUGUGUUGCGCGACCACAACUUUGCAUUCAUUCUUCAUUGGUAUGCAAUGGUGUGCAAAAUUGCGUCGAGGGUGAUUUCAGCGAUGAGCAGCAUUGUGAGUAG